GGAAGCGGUGCAUCGUGCUGGGACUCUGCCUGGAUGUUAUAAAAUUAAUUUUUUUAUAGACCAGCCUUUCAAUCAAUUUCUGGAGAUGGGUUAUCUUGCUUUCCUUUUGGCUAUGCUUCAUGUAUACAAAGCUCUGUCUGAAGAGAUAUUUUGGGACACAACUGUUAAACUGGCUGAGAAUAUGACUCUAGAGUGUGUGUAUCCAUCCGCAGACACCUUAACGCAGAUGGAGUGGUUCAAGGUCACUUCAGUGGAGAAAGAGGCUGUAGCUAUUUUCAGCCCUACUCACGGUGUGGUCAUAAGGCCGUCCUACGCGGACAGGGUUUUCUUUGUGAAUUCCUCGAUGGCCCCCAAUGAUAUCAGCCUUUCUUUUCAUAAUGCCUCCGAAGCUGAUGUCGGCUUCUAUUGCUGCUUCCUUCAUACUUUCCCACAGGGAACCUGGGAAAAGGUGAUCCAGGUGGUCCAGUCAGAUAGUUUUGAGAUAGCUGAGCCAUCAAUUAGCCACAUAGUCUCAGAACCAGGAAAAAAUAUCACACUCAGCUGUCAGCUUCCAAUGAAGUGGCCCGUGCAGCAGGUUACCUGGGAGAAGAUCCAGCCCCAUCAGAUCGACCGCCUGGCUUGCUGCAAUUUCUUCCAAGGCAGAAAUUACACCUCGAAGUACCGAAGACAAGUCUGGACCACCUGCACGCAGGGAAGCAGGAGGAGUUUCAUCAUCCUGCCCAACGUCAUGGCCUCCGACUCGGGACUUUACCGCUGCUGUUUCCAGGCCAGCACAGGAGAGAAUGACACCUUUGUGAUGAGAUUGACCGUCACCGCUGGUGAAACCAGUAAUCAAUAUAUCCCCUUCCUGGCGGGAGGGAUGGCUUUCCUGCUGCUGUUUGUCACCCUGUUUACCGUCACCGUCACCGUCAUCUCCUAUAACAGAAGGAGGAAGAGACACAAAAGAGACCUAUUUACAGAGCCCUGGGAUACACAGAAAAAGGCACCCAACAACUGUAGAAGUCCUGUCUCUGCCAGUCCACCCACAGAUGACACAAGAGAGGACGUUUACGUGAACUACCCAACCUUCUCUCGCAGGCCAAAGACUAGAGUCUAAGCUUUUCCUUCAUGUGAGCAGAUUAACAAUGACUAUUAUGUACCUGGAAUUU